AUGAGAGGGACAGAGGCAGCAGCGGAGAGCAGCAGCAGCAGCAGCAGCAGCAGCAGCAGCAGAAACGGCAGCAGCAAGAGCAGUAGCAGGAGCAGCAGGAGCAGCACAGCAGCCAGAAGCAGCAGCAAGAAGAGCAGCAACACUCUCAUCGUCGGCAUAAGCAGCAGCAGCAGCAGCACAGCAGCCAACACCAGCAGCCAGCAGCAGCAACAUAAACAGCAGCAGCAGCAGCAUGGAAACAGUAGCAGCAGCCCGCAUAGCAGCAGCACAAACAGCACAGGCUGCAGCAUGGAAAGAGAGGCCACAAGCAGCACAGACAGCAGCAGCAGCAACCUGGCUAGCAGCAGCAGCAGCAGUACGCGAAGUAGCGUCAGAGUAGUAACAGCACCAGCAGCAGAACAGCAGCAGCAGGAAAGGAAGCGCGAGCAGCAAGAAGAUCUGAAGAGCAGCAGCAGCGUAAACAGCAGCAGCAGCAUCGUCGCAAAGAGCAGCAACAGCAUAAGUAGCAGCAGCACGAGCAGCACGAAGAGCAGCAGCGGCACGAAAAUCAGCAGCGGCAGCAACAGCAGCAGCAGCAGCAGCAGGCGCACCGAGAGUGGCAAUGACGCUGAGGAGGCCGUCUGCUGCUGCAUCAAUUGCUGCAGCAACAGCUUCAUCUGCUGCUGCUCCGUGGAUUUUGGAAAAGACUCCGGGAAGAUUUAA